AUGCGUUUGCUGCUGAUUAUCGUCUUUAUUGUUGGCCUAAAAUCGAAAUACUUAAGUGUUUAUUCCUGCAUUGCCACAACAUCACCGGAAGAGCGAGUGGCAGUUGCGACGCCACGAACUGUACAAACUGUACCCAGGACCUUGUUGAGAGCACGGGCACCGCCGGCGGCACCUGUGGUAGCACCCGUACGUGUAGCACCCGCAGGGCCCUACACACCUGCAGCACCCGUAACACCUGCGACAACUGAAGAACCCGCGGUGCCCUCCACAACCGCAGAAUCCAACUUGCCUGUGGAAAUUAUAGUGUCUAUACCCGGCCCUGCACAAACACAGCCCGUCGUACCUUCACCCGGAGCACCCACUGUGCUUCGCUAUGCACGUGCACUACCUGCCGUGCCUGCCGUGGCUAUAGUGCCGGUAGUAACCGCCACGACCGCAGUCGACUUCACCACAACAACCACGUUCUCCACGGAUUGCACGACUGCUUGUCCAUCCGUCUAUAGCAAUGAAUGUGACGGCUAUGGCGUUGUAUGUGCGGACGCAACAGAAGCUCUAGCUGCAGUGAUCAGCACAGGGACGGAAUGCCAGCAAACAUGGGUAUGUCCUCCUGGCACUUCGGCGUAUUAUUAUACGUCUUUCAGUUCUCAAGCCACAUUUUAUCCCGCUGAUUAUGCCCUUUGCUCCCUUAUGAGAGGAGGUUAUUGGACCUUUCCCGAUGGAUAUACGAUAGUCGCUGCGCUGUCAUGUCAAGACAGAGGGUCGCAAAUACCCGCCUCUAAUUAA